AUGGCGCUCGUGCUGUUGCUGGUCCACACCUGGGCGCGCGGGGCGGAAGGAUCAGAGGCGGCUCAGGAGUGCAGUAAAGAGUUUGAGGAAGGGCGGCAGGACUUUAUUUUGAACACAGAAAAGAGCGUGACCGACGGCGCUACCUACAUCGAUAACCCGACUGUAAACACUCGCGCUGAGUGUUUGAAGUCCUGCUGUGCACAUGCGCAGUGUAACCUGGCCCUGAUCCAGCUGUGGCAGAAUACGACAUAUUGUUUUUUGUUUGAUUGUCUGCACCGGAACCAGUUCGUCUGCAGCUUCUCACGUAAACCUGGUUUCAACAGCUUCAUUCUGGACCAGGUGUACCAGCGCUACCUGGCUUCACCCUCCCUUCACUCAGGGGAGGUGGACCGGCAUCCAAUAGCGAAUGCAGGAUCAGACGUGGUAAUCAGAUCUGGUGAGAGAGCUGUACUGAACGGUAUUGAGAGCUGGGACGACAGAAACAUCACAAAAUACGAAUGGAUCCUCCUGAAAGGAAACAAAUCUGUAAUCAUGGAGAAAACUCAGUACUUAGAUCAGCGGCAGCUCUCCAACCUUUAUCCUGGAGUUUAUAAGUUUCAGCUAACAGUCACUGAUUCAGCUGGCCAAUCAGAUUCCACCUCUGUCACAGUACUGGUUCUAACACCUGAACAAUCAGAACUUCACUGUUUGACACCGAUGAAGAUGGGUCCAUGUCGUGGUUCUUUUCCUCGUUGGUACUUUAAUGCAGCAUCAGGAGUUUGCAUGAAGUUCAUUUUUGGAGGAUGUAAACCCAACAGCAACAACUACCUCUCUCAGCAGGAAUGUGUGGACGCCUGUAACAACGCCUCCUUGCCUCAUGAGAGCAGAAAAAUUAAAGCCACAGCUGAAGUGUGUAAUUCUGUGUGUGAGGAGGGACAGUUUGUUUGCAGCAGUGGUUGUUGUGUAGAUAAAAGUUUGGAAUGUGAUGGACUGAAUCAUUGCAGCGACGCGUCAGACGAGGAGAACUGUCAACACUUGAAUAAGACUCUGAGCCAGUUACUGGAGAUCAGCGUGGAUGAAGACAAAGCUCAAUGUGUGGACCCCCCCAUGACAGGACCAUGCAGGGCAAGCAUGCCACGGUGGUUUUAUGAUCCGUUAAAGCAGAGAUGUUUUCGGUUUACGUAUGGAGGCUGCAGCGGGAACGACAACAAGUUUGAGAGUAGAGAUGAGUGUAUAAACGCCUGCAGAGACGUUACAGAAAGUGAUGUGUUUGCAAGAGGACUGUUUGAAAGAGUUGAACCAGAGACACCUCAAACAGGUUCUGUAGCAGUGGGUGUGAUCAUAGUGUUGGGGCUUUUGGCUGUGAUUGGUCUGCUUGGUUUCUGUUUUCUGAAAAAGAGGAAGAGAAUGUCAGAGGAUCAGAGAGUGCCAGCUACAGCUAAUGCUAAUCCACCUGUACCGCUAACCGAAGAUACACACUCGUUAAUCUAAUACACACUCAUUAAAUAUACAAAAAACACAUACACACAUGCCAGUGUAAUACACACACACACACACACUCACACACAUAUAGAUUUUUGGAGGCUGAAAGAAGCUUUAAGGGGAAGAAGAUUUUCAUGUAAUGAUGAUGUGAAAGCAGCGGCGCAUCAGCGGCUACGAGCUCAACCAAGCAAUGGUAUGACGCUGGGAAAAAUGCAUCAGAAGGAGACGAUGUAGAAAAGUGAUUCUUAAUAGAGUUUAAAAAGUACGGAAAUGUUUUGAAGAACCCUCGUAUAUAGUGAGUCGGUGUGUACACGAGUGGGUGUGUGAGUGUGUACGUGAGUAAGAGUGGGUGUGUACAUGAGUGGUUGGGUGAGUGAGUCGGUGCACGUGAGUGAGUAAGUGAGUGAGUGGGUGUGUACAUGAGUGGUUGGGUGAGUGAGUGCACGUGAGUGAGUGAGUAAGAGUGGGUGUGUACAUGAGUGGGUGGGUGGUUGGGUGAGUGAGUCUGUGCACGUGAGUGAGUAAGUGAGUGGGUGUGUACAUGAGUGGGUGGGUGGUUGGGUGAGUGAGUCUGUGCACGUGAGUGAGUAAGUGAGUGGGUGUGUACAUGAGUGGUUGGGUGAGUGAGUGCACGUGAGUGAGUGAGUAAGUGAGUGGGUGUGUACAUGAGUGAGUGAGUGAAAGUGUCGGUGUGUACACAAGUGAGUGAGUGAGUGGGUGAGUGAGUCAGUGUGUACAUGAGUGAGUGAGUGGGUGAGUGAGUCGGUGUGUACGUGAGUGGGUGAGUGAGUGGGUUAGUGAGUGAGUCAGUGUGUACGUGAGUGAGUGGGUGAGUGAGUCGGUGUGUACAUGAGUGAGUGAGUGGGUUGGUGAGUGGGUGAGUGAGUCGGUGUGUACAUGAGUGAGUGAGUGAGUCGGUGUGUACAUGAGUGGGUGAGUGAGUGGGCUAGUGAGUGGGUGAGUGAGUCGGUGUGUACAUGAGUGAGUGGGUUGGUGAGUGAGUGAGUCGGUGUGUACGUGAGUGAGUGAGUGAGUCGGUGUGUACAUGAGUGAGUGGGUGAGUGAGUGAGUAGGUGUGUACAUGAGUGAGUAGGUGAGUGAAUGGUUUAGUGAGUGGGUGAGUGAGUUGGUGUGUACAUGAGUGAGUGAGUGUUGGUGAGUGAGUGGGUUGGUGAGUGAGUGGGUGAGUGGGUGAGUGAGUCAGUGUGUACAUGAGUGAGUGGUUUAAUGAGUGGGUGUGUACAUGAGUGAGUGAGUGGGUUGGUGAGUGAGUGAGUUGGUGAGUGAGUGAGUUGGUGUGUACGUGAGUGAGUGAGUGAGUGAGUUGGUGAGUGAGUGAGUUGGUGUGUACGUGAGUGAGUGAGUUGGUGUGUACAUGAGUGAGUGAGUGAGUUGGUGUGUACAUGAGUGGGUGAGUGAAUGGUUGGGUGGGUGAGUGAGUGAGUGUGUACAUGAGUGAGUGAGUGAGUCGGUGUGUACAUGAGUGGGUGAGUGAAUGGUUGGGUGGGUGAGUGAGUGUGUACAUGAGUGAGUGAGUGGGUUGGUGAGUGAGUGAGUUGGUGUGUACGUGAGUGAGUGAGUUGGUGUGUACAUGAGUGAGUGAGUGAGUUGGUGUGUACAUGAGUGGGUGAGUGAAUGGUUGGGUGGGUGAGUGAGUGAGUGUGUACAUGAGUGAGUGAGUGAGUCGGUGUGUACAUGAGUGGGUGAGUGAAUGGUUGGGUGGGUGAGUGAAUGUGUACAUGAGUGAGUGAGUGAGUCGGUGUUUACAUGAGUGGGUGAGUGGAUGGUUUAGUGAAUGGUUUAGUGGGUGUGUGAGUGUACAUGAGUGGGUGUGUGUUUCUGCACUUCACUGUAUUUGAUGCUUGUAUAAGAAUCUAUACAGUAAAAUAAAUA